AUGGAAUUGAUUUAUGAACAAAAGAUGGAAUUGAUUUCAAACGAGAGACGCGGGCAAAUGUUAUCUUUCAAAAUCGCACUCUCAUUCUCAAUCCCACUAACCAAAACCCUUUCGUUGCCGUUUCUCUUCAAGAACCCUAGAAAAACCCUAAACCCUCUUUUAAUUUCAAUCAAAUCCAUGGCUUCUUCAUGGACCUGCUCUAAAUGCACGUUCAUCAAUACCGAUUCGCUAAAACCCAAUUGCCAGAUUUGCUCAUCCUCACAGUCCCCACCGCCAUUUUCGUCGUCAUCAAACCAAGAAAAAUGGUCUUGCAAAGCUUGCACUUUUUUAAACGUAUAUAAAGUGUCGAGCUGUGAAAUCUGUGGGACUAGGAACUCAUCGUUUUCGUCGAAUUUGGGGCUUGACGAUGAAGAACUGGAGGUGGGUUCCUCCGCUGUUGGCAAUGUUUUCUUGCCUCUGUUACAAAGAUGUAAUAACGCUAAGAGGAAGAUUCGCGAUGACCCAGUUGAGAUUGCUGAUAAUUCUAUCGAUUUGAGUGUGUCUCGUGGGCUAAAAUCGGCUGAUAAAAAGGUGGUUGAUUCUGAUGAAAUUCAACCAAAAGUGGAUCCAAGUCCAAGGAAGUUGAAGAUCUUGAGUUACAAUGUUUGGUUUGCAGAAGAUAUUGAGCUUCGAAUAAGAAUGAGAGCCAUAGGUGACAUUAUACAAUUGCAUACCCCAGAUGUCAUAUGUUUGCAGGAAGUCACUCCCGAUAUAUAUGCUAUCUUUCAAAGAUCCAAUUGGUGGAAGUCGUAUAAAUGCUCACUUUCUUUUGAGAAGGCGAUCACAAGGCCUUACUUUUGCAUGCAGCUUAGCAAAUUACCCGUGAAAUCCUUCAAUUGUAAGCAAUUCAGUUAUUCUGCAAUGGGAAGAGAGUUAUGCAUCACAGAAGUUUCCCUCCAAGAAAACAACACCCCUUUAGUAAUUGCCACCACCCAUCUUGAAAGCCCAUGCCCGGGCCCACCAAAGUGGGACCAAAUGUACAGCAAAGAACGGGUCAAACAAGCAAAUGAAGCCGUUGACUUUCUAAAGUCAAACCCGAACGUCAUCUUUUGCGGUGAUAUGAAUUGGGACGAUAAAUUGGACGGUGAGUUUCCGCUUCCGGAUGGAUGGAAUGACGCGUGGACGGAAUUGAAUCCUAAAGAAAUCGGGUGGACUUAUGACACAAAGUCAAACCCCAUGUUGACUGCUAAUCGGAAACUGCAAAAAAGGCUCGAUAGGUUUUUGAUUUGUUUGAGGGAUUUGAAGGCUGAGAGUGUUGUGAUGGUUGGGACUAAACCGAUUCCGGAUGUGACUUAUUUGAAACAGAAGAAAGGCGGAAAGGAAUUGGAGCUUCCGGUUUUGCCGAGUGAUCAUUUCGGUUUGUUGUUGACGAUGUCGGCUCGGUGAAAGUGAAUGUGAAAAGACUAUUUUGUCCUUAUGGUUUUUGAUGGUAUCGUUUCUUUGUUUUUGUGUCGAUUAGUAAUCUUUGGGUGUCUAGGGUUUUUGUGGAUGGAUUUUUUUCACGGGUUUUGUGAAAAUUUUGAUGUGAAUACGAAUGCGUAU